AAUAAAAGCACACAAAAAUACAUCUCGAAAAUUGAAAAUUGAGAGAAAGCCAUUCAUUGUGUAAUCGUACACAAAACUCAUUUUCCCCUUUUCAAUUUCAACAUUCGAUCAGCAAGUUCUCAGGCGGUGGUUCUCGCUUCUCAGUUAUCAGUUCUCGUUAAAUUUCUCAUCUGGUAUCGUUUAUAAUUCGGACUGCACUUUUAAAUUCACGGUAUGCCGAUCUCUUUAAGCAGACUGGGAAGCUCGCUUCCGUUCUCCAGAUUCUUUAGGCAGGUUGAGCAUGAGAUGGAGACUGUGGUCAAAGUACUCCAACCUGGACCUUUAGGGAUUAUAGAGCACAAGUUUUCUGCUGAGGAGAUUGCAAAAGCCAAUUCUACUGUUAAAAAAGCAGUAGAGAAUUGGAAGAGGAAUGCAAUCAUAGAAAGAAAUAGGCCUCUUUUGAAAGAUUAUAUCAAUUAAAGACAUAUCAUUUGUUCAUAUUUUCUGAUGCAAAGAAUAAUAGUAAGCUCUCAUCAUCCUUUAUUCUGCCUGUAGAUGAUUCUUGCUACCAAUGCUCAGUUGUAUGUCUUUAUUAUUAUGCUUUCUAAUCACUGUUGUUCAUUUUUUAAACCGAUUGAUUGAAAGAUUAUGUAAGGCCUGAAAUGAAAUUGACAUGGAUACA